UGUGUGUGUGUGUGCGCGCACGGCAGCAGCGCGCCUCCGCUUCAUCUCUCCGCUGUUUCCCGCGGAUCUCUCGCGCUCUUCAUCUCUUCACUGUGUUUCUCUGUGGAUUUCUCUGGAGAUGUUUGUGUGGGGACGCACCUCGUUCCGUCAGCUGCAGGCGUGUGUUUUCCGACUGCUAUGUUUUAUUCCCACAGGAUUCCCGGUGAUCAGCGUGGACAGCCAGAGAUCCACCGACAACAUCACCAUCAGACAGGGAGACACCGCCGUGAUCCGGUGUUAUGUGGAUGAUAAGGUGUCGAAGGUGGCCUGGUUGAACCGCUCGAACAUCAUCUUCGCGGGUGAGGAUAAGUGGUCUCUGGACCCGCGGGUGGAGCUGGUGACUCAGGGUCAGCUGGAGUACAGUCUGCGGAUACAGAAGGUGGAUGUGUUCGACGAGGGGCCGUAUACCUGCUCCAUCCAGACCAAACAGCAGCCCAAGACGUCACAGGUCUAUCUCAUCGUUCAAGUUCCUCCAGUCAUAUAUAAAGUUUCGGAUGACAUCAUUGUGAACGAGGGCAGUAACGUGACGUUGACGUGUUUGGCCAGUGGGAGACCAGAUCCCUCCAUCACCUGGAGACUGCUCAACCCGUCAGCCGAGGCUCUGGACGUGGGCGAGUAUCUGGAGAUCUCUGGGAUUGUUCGUUCUCAGGCCGGCCGUUACGAGUGUAAAGCAAGCAAUGACGUCUCCACUCCUGAUGUCAAAUACGUCAACGUGGUGGUGAACUACCCGCCAUACAUAAAGGAGGUGCGGAGCUCCGAGACACCGGUGGGACAGGCUGGAGUCCUGCACUGUGAGGCAUCUGCGGUUCCUCAGCCUGAGUUUGAGUGGUACAGAGACGAGCGCAGACUGUCCAGCUCUCAGAGCGUCAGUAUUCAGAUCAGCGGCUCUCGCACACUGCUGGUGGUAGCAAACGUCACAGAGGACGAUUACGGAAACUACACGUGUGUCGCCACCAACAGACUGGGAAUCCACAACGCCAGCGUGUUCCUCUACAAACCUGGCACUGGGCGGGACAUCAACGCCUCAGGCUGCGUCUGUCAAUCAUUCUGGCUCCUCCUCCUGUCUGUUCUCUCGGCUCUUCUGAAGUGUUAAUGUUCAGCGCUGAUGCUCUGAACGCGCUCGAUCAUCUCAGACUGUUUCCAUCCGUCCAUCCACGCUCACCGUUACGCCCCGGCAGGACGGCCGUCUUAUUAUCAGGAAAAAAAUAUGACAUGGAGAAAAGAAAGAAGGUGCUCUUUUUAAGACAAGAAUAUUGUCAUUUAACCGGUUCAAACACUUAAUUCCAGUGACGCGCGUCUGUCUGUCGUCUGAGUGCAUGUGUGUGAUUUACCACAGAAACACGGAGUGUCUAGAAAAAUGGUUCAUUUCAUUGUGUUUUCCCAUAAUACCCUGCAGCCUGUUCCCAAAUCUGCCUAAUGUAAGCUAAUGAAGGAACGCUAGAAUCAUGUAAAGUCGUUUAGAUGUGGUUUAAAGCUAAUGACUAGCAGAAGGAACUGAAACACAGUAUUUUCUUUUUGAAUCUUCAUCAUGAAGAGAUUCAGAGAUCAGAUCUCGUUUGAGAUGCUCACAUUUGUCUGUGUUUGUGAAGACUGAUCAGAGAAUCUUUUCACAGAGGCAGAACAGACCCCGCCCUUAAACCCUCCCACAUGUGUAGCCCCGCCCACACACACUAAACCCCUCCCACUCCCGGCGGAUCUGCAGGUGUUUCUUCAGGGUUCCUGUGUAAGCCUGGAUCAUCUGAGAACUCUCUCUCUCUCAUAAAAAACAACUCUUCUGGAGGGAAACCUGUAGAAUGCUGUGGAAUGAUUUUUACCGUGGUAAAGCGUGAGAUUCGUCCAGACCCUCGUGUCCUGACCUCGUCUUCUGCGUGUCUGUGAAAUCGUAUGAACUCUGAAUUGUACGACACCAAUGAAUGCUUCGCUUCGAUUCGCUGCGCAUCCCGUCGCGUCUGUCGUCUGUAAAUAUUCUUCUGAAUCGAGUGUCCUCACAUGGAAACGAAACGAAUCUUCAGUUCAGGUUCUUAAGUAGUUCGUUAUCUGCGGUGGCGCUUUGAUGCUUCCUGUAACAAAUUAAAUUAGAUACUAAACGUAAAGAUUUUUAAUGCAAAUAUUUAAAUAUCUCGUUCUAAAACUAGAUUUACCUUUGAAGCGGCUGCACUACUAUUCUUAUUUAUAGACACUCAUCAUUUCUGUUCAUUAGUUAUUAUAAAAGUAGUUGUUCAGAAAUGAGCUGAAUCCACUGACUGCCAAACGAUUAUAGAAAAUGAUAUAAAACAAGCCAUUUUAGAGAUGAUGUACACACACUGAAUCCACGCACACACGCAUUCGUUUUCUUUGUCAUUGAUUUUUUUUUAUUUUUUAUCAGUAUUAUUUCUUUUGAAGCUCUCAAAGAGCAGAUUGUGUACACAUUUGCAUAUUAAAGACAUUUAAAAAGUAUUACAAAUCCCUCCUGAGCUCUUCAGCCCUUUGAUUGACAGCUCUCUCAGCCAAUAAGCUUUCAGCGUGUGAGCUCUGAUUGGGUGAACCCACGUGUGGCUCGGCGUCUGGUUUAAGGGCUAGUCGUGUCUCCUGUAGUCCACAGAAGCUGAACACCGUUAUUUGGGUUUGAUCCGAUCCAAAGUCAAGCGUCCUGAAGUCUGUGUGUUUUCUGUCUGAACAGCGUGUGUGUUUAACAGUUACACUCGAUGAGGAUCAGCUGGCUUUAAUUUCAUCGUGUGUGUGUGUGAGUGUGUUACUCCUGAUGCUCUGUAGUAUGACGAGAAAAGUGGACGCUGUGUUUUUGUCGAUCCUCUUCUGCUACGGGACGCCGGAGUCUCUAGAAAAAGAUUUUCCGGCUCGUUCGACUGACAUCUUCAUGAAAAGCAAUGAACAUUUUCUAACUGUUAAUUUACUCUAAAAUUACCGCAGUCAUUUUUUAAACCUUUCUGCACUGUAAAGAACUCAUGAAGUGUUUGAAAUGGAAAUAAAGUCAUUUGAAUUUGUUGUAUUUCAAAAGUGAGUUUAAGAAAAAAAAAAGAUUGUAAUUUUUGGUGAGAAAAUGAGGCUUAUGAACUCUGUUAAUCAUGUAACAUGCAAAUAAAGGAAUAUAAAGAUUG